AGCUAUUUACUUAGUCACUUGCCAAUAUGAGAAGGGACCAGAGGUUACAGAAGGAGGACAUGGUUAAGAAUUAAAAGUCAACACCACUGGAAUAAAGUUAAUAUUGGACCGCGUCAGCCGAGGAGCGAAGAAAUUCUUUGCUAACCUCAAGUGUUGUUUUUUUCAACACACCCGUGGCAGCACUGAAAAUAGAAACGUGAAGUUCAUCCUGGGACAACAAAGGAAUUUUACAGGUUCAUAGUAUGUGUGUAGCCUAAUAAACCGUGAUAACGAUGAAGCUUUUAUCCUUCAAAAUCACCUCAGACCACUUUCUGCUGUGUGUCUUCCUGAGUCUACUUUGGGGUGUCACAUACUCCACCACAACAGCACCAACAGCAUCAACAUCAUCAACAGGAUCAACAGGAUCAACAGCAUCAACAGCAUCAACAGCAGCUCCUGAAAAUGUUGAGAAUGUGACUGUGUUGGGACAAAAUGAGACCAGCAUAACUGUUCAGUGGAAGACAGUAGACGGCAUCCUCAACUACACACUUGUGUACAAUGACAAGGACACAAACAUCACGGCAUCAGAGGGACAACAUAAUGUGACACUUACAAUCUCAGGACUCACAAGUGCAAAUAAAUACGACUUCAUUCUCUACAGUCUGUCUGAAAAUGUCAGAAGCAGUGGAGUAAACUUCUCUGCAGUCACAGCUCCUCCAGAUGUUGAGAAUGUGACUGUGUUGGGACAAAAUGAGACCAGCAUAACUGUUCAGUGGAAGACAGUAGUCAAAAUCCUCGACUACACACUUGUGUACAAUGACAAGGACACAAACAUCACGGCAUCAAAGGCACAAGACAAUGUGAUACUUACAAUCUCAGGACUCACAAGUGCGACUAAAUACGACUUCAUUCUCUACAGUCUGUUUGAAAAUGUCAGAAGCAGUGGAGUAAACUUCUCUGCAGUCACAGCUCCUCCAGAUGUUGAGAAUGUGACUGUGUUGGGACAAAAUGAGACCAGCAUAACUGUUCAGUGGAAGACAGUAGGCAAAAUCCUCGACUACACACUUGUGUACAAUGACAAGGACAUAAACAUCACGGCAUCAAAGGCACAAGACAAUGUGACACUUACAAUCUCAGGACUCACAAGUGCGACUAAAUACGACUUCAUUCUCUACAGUCUGUUUGAAAAUGUCAGAAGCAGUGGAGUAAACUUCUCUGCAGUCACAGCUCCUGAAGAUGUUGAGAAUGUGACUGUGUUGACACAAAAUGAGACCAGCAUAACUGUUCAGUGGAAGACAGUAGGCAACAUCCUCAACUACACACUUGUGUACAAUGACAAGGACAUAAACAUCACGGCAUCAGAGGGACAACAUAAUGUGACACUUACAAUCUCAGGACUCACAAGUGCAAAUAAAUACGACUUCAUUCUCUACAGUCUGUUUGAAAAUGUCAGAAGCAGUGGAGUAAACUUCUCUGCAGUCACAGCUCCUGAAGAUGUUGAGAAUGUGACUGUGUUGGGACAAAAUGAGACCAGCAUAACUGUUCAGUGGAAGACAGUAGGCAACAUCCUCGACUACACACUUGUGUACAAUGACAAGGACAUAAACAUCACGGCAUCAGAGGGACAACAUAAUGUGACACUUACAAUCUCAGGACUCACAAGUGCGACUAAAUACGACUUCAUUCUCUUCAGUCUGUUUGUAAAGGUCAGAAGCAGUGGAGUAAACUUCUCUGCAGUCACAGCUCCUGAAAAUGUUGAGAAUGUGACUGUGUUGGGACAAAAUGAGACCAGCAUAACUGUUCAGUGGAAGACAGUAGACGGCAUCCUCGACUACACACUUGUGUACAAUGACAAGGACAUAAACAUCACGGCAUCAGAGGGACAACAUAAUGUGACACUUACAAUCUCAGGACUCACAAGUGCGACUAAAUACGACUUCAUUCUCUUCAGUCUGUUUGUAAAGGUCAGAAGCAGUGGAGUAAACUUCUCUGCAGUCACAGCCCCUGAAGAUGUUGAGAAUGUGACUGUGUUGGGACAAAAUGAGACCAGCAUAACUGUUCAGUGGAAGACAGUAGGCAACAUCCUCGACUACACACUUGUGUACAAUGACAAGGACAUAAACAUCACGGCAUCAAAGGGACAACAUAAUGUGACACUUACAAUCUCAGGACUCACAAGUGCGAAUAAAUACGACUUCAUUCUCUUCAGUCUGUUUGUAAAGGUCAGAAGCAGUGGAGUAAACUUCUCUGCAGUCACAGCUCCUGAAGAUGUUGAGAAUGUGACUGUGUUGGGACAAAAUGAGACCAGCAUAACUGUUCAGUGGAAGACAGUAGGCAAGAUCCUCGACUACACACUUGUGUACAAUGACAAGGACAUAAACAUCACGGUAUCAGAGGGACAAGACAAUGUGAUACUUACAAUCUCAGGACUCACAAGUGCGACUAAAUACGACUUCAUUCUCUUCAGUCUGUUUGUAAAGGUCAGAAGCAGUGGAGUAAACUUCUCUGCAGUCACAGCUCCUGAAGAUGUUGAGAAUGUGACUGUGUUGGGACAAAAUGAGACCAGCAUAACUGUUCAGUGGAAGACAGUAGUCAACAUCCUCGACUACACACUUGUGUACAAUGACAAGGACAUAAACUUCACGGCAUCAAAGGGACAAGACAAUGUGAUACUUACAAUCUCAGGACUCACAAGUGCGAAUAUACACGACUUCAUUCUCUACAGUCUGUUUGAAAAGGUCAGAAGCAGUGGAGUAAACGUCCGUGCAGUCACAGCUCCUCGUAACACAGAAGAGUUUGAAUUAGUUAGACGAAAUGAGACCAGCAUAACUGUUCAGUGGAAGAAAGUAGUCAACAUCCUCAACUACACACUUGUGUACAAUGAAAUUAAUUUAUACAUCACGGCAUCAGAGGGACGAGACAAAGUGACAUACACAAUCUCAGGACUCACAAGUGGGACUAAAUACGACUUCAUUCUCUACAGUCUGUUUGAAAAUGUCAGAAGCAGUGGAGUAAACUUCUCUGCAGUCACAGUUCCUCCGUAUUUAAGUGCUCACUGUGAGUACUCGGCAGCUGGCUAUUCCGUCUUUAUUGUCUGGAAUAAACCGGAUGGUGUGUGGACUUCAGUGGAGGUAAACGUGACUGGGAAAACUACCCCAGUGCCUGGAAAUGAACAACACUCUAUCAAAAUAUCCGGAUUCCAACCUGCCAAAACAUAUGAGGUGUCUUUAUCUUCAGUGUCUGGAACCGUAAGGAGUAGACCGUUUGUUUUUUCAUGUCACACUGAUCCAAGGGGAGUAAUUGCAGGGUCAGUACUUGCCAUUCUGCUUCUUGGUGUCCUAGUCGGUGUGGCUGUCUUAAUUUAUUUUAAAAGACCAGACAUUAUCAGCAGAAAUAAGCAAUUCAUUGGUGGUUCCAGACGAUCCAAUAAAAAGUUCAAAGCUAUUUCUGUGGCAAAUUUUCCAGACCAUUUCUCCCAAUUAGAUGUGGAUGAGAAGAGAGGUUUCAGCCAGGAAUAUGAGAGCCUCAUGCCUGUUGGCACGGACCAAACACGAAUGGACGCUAUUCUACCUGAGAACAAAGCAAAGAAUCGUUUCAACAAUGUCCUGCCAUAUGACUGGUGUCGGGUGAAGCUAACUACAUCCAACCCCAAUGGAACCUCCGACUACAUUAAUGCCAGUUACAUGCCGGGUUACAACAGCAACAGAGAGUACAUUGCCACUCAGGGUCCUCUGCCGACCACAGCCAAUGAUUUCUGGAGGAUGAUCUGGGAAGAAAGAGUGAAAGGCAUCGUCAUGGUAACAAACUGCACCGAGGGAGGACGAACUAAGUGCGAUCGAUACUGGCCUGCAGACAGCAGACCUGUCCGUUACGGAGAUCUGUCGGUCACCAUCAGGUCUGAGCAGCAGGAGCCCGACUGGACAUUGAGGGAAUUUAGUGUGAAACAUACGAACAACUCAGCGGAGCGCAAAGUGAAACAUUUUCACUUCACUGCCUGGCCCGACCAUGGAGUCCCACAGGGCACAGAACUCCUGAUCCAGUUCAGAGGACUGGUGAGACAGCACAUAGAGAGAGAAGGGGCUGGAGCACCAACUGUGGUUCACUGCAGUGCUGGAGUGGGGAGGACAGGCACUAUCAUGGCCCUGGAUGUGCUGCUUCAGCAGCUGGAGAAGGAAAGAGCAGUGGGCAUCAAUGGCUUUGUGCACAAGAUGAGACUGAGUCGGCCACACAUGGUGCAAACAGAGUCCCAGUAUGUCUUCCUGCACCAAUGCAUCAUGGACUGUCUGCAGGCAAAUGAGAAGACUGAAGAGAACAUAUAUGAGAAUGUAGACAUGAUAUACGCCAAUGCAACUGCACUCAAACAGUUUAGUAACACAAAUACCUAAUCUAAGCAAGUCGUCAGCACUUAUAUGCACUUAAAGAAGAACUAAUUCUACAAACUAUAUUUUGAUAAACUGUAAAUAUGUAAAACAUUUCAAACUUAUAUAUUAAUUUAAAUGCAUAGCACUGUUUGGAUUCUAUUUAACUUGUAAAUGUGUGUUCCUCUCAUCAGCUAAAUGUGUAUUAUUCUUUUCUUUAAAUUAUAUUUCUUCAAUUUUAUUUGUAUCAUGUGAGGAAACAACAGGAUGACCGAAGAAUGUUUAAAAAUGACAUUUAUUAAGAAUAAUAAACGUUGGUAGAAAAGAAA